CAAGCCCCCCCUCCCGCUCCCAUAAAAGCUUCUCCCGAAGCCAAGACCCCCGACGUGGCUUGCAUGCGGCCGCGGGCAGGACGCCGUGUCCCCUCGCUUGCCUAAGCCUCUGCCUCAGGAAGGGCCAACCGAGAGCAUGGACGCCGAACCCCCUCCUUUCUUCUCCUCCUCCUCCUCCUCUUCCUGGGACUGGAAGGCCGGCGGCGGCGGGGCUCUGGAGCUGGGCCAAAGCUCGCCGGCGCAAAGCCUGUCCCCGUCCCCGUCCCCGUCCUUCGACUCGUACGCUUCUUCGCCUUAUCCCCUGCUGGUGGACCUACCCUGCGGCGCCGGCGGCGGGAACGAGGGCGGGAGCACCCUGAGGGGAUACCCGCUAGGGGAGUUUCCCUCCGUCUAUCUUUCGCGGCCCGGGCAGGGCCAAGGUCAGAAGGGGCCCAAAGGGCGGAUGUCGGUGCAGCGCAGGCGAAAGGCCAGCGAAAGGGAGAAGCUGCGGAUGAGGACGCUGGCGGAAGCCUUGCACACGCUGCGCAAUUACCUCCCGCCCAUGUACACCCAGCGGGGCCAGCCGCUCACCAAGAUACAGACGCUGAAAUACACUAUCAAGUACAUCGGCGAACUCACGGAUUUGCUGAACCCCGUCAAGCAAGGACAAAUGCCUUGA